AUGUGGCGUUGGUGGUCUGAUGAAGGCUGGACAUACUACUCACUAGAGAAUUCUGCCAUAAUAGAAAGAUCAUGGAGAAACAAAGAAAUCAAUAUUAUUAUAAAUAUUGGAGGCAUCCCAUUUUUGCUUAACUUGCGUCAUUUCUACCAGUUUAACUUCAUAACUCAACGUCAUAGAAGAAUUAGUAGAGAUAUUUCAUCUGCUGUCUGGUUUUGGACUGAUAACAAUGGUCAAUUAAACCUCUAUCAACCAAAUGUUUCUGCCCAAAUUGAAAGAUACUACUUACAUAUCCAGUGGAAUUUGGUGAAAUCUAGUAAUAUUCACAAAAAUAAUAAAAAAAAUCAAUCAAUAACUAGUGACGACACUUAUACUUUUGACAGUGCAGACAAGUUGAAAAUAAAUAAUAGUUCUAUAGUCAAUUCAAACAGUAGUAAUGAAUAUUUAGAACUUGUAUCCGCAGAAUCAGUCUCUAAAGAAAAUGUUCGAGAAGAAAGAACCAACAUGACUAGAGACUGUUCUACUAUUCAGAAUCACCAUAUACAAGGAGGUGGGUGUAUUGUCUGGGGUCAUUAUGAUAUUUAUCCUAUUGAAUGCAUACAAAUUAACAGAAUAACUGGCAAGGAAAGGAGAAUAUUUAGGAAGCACCUUAAAAAUAUCUCAGAAGAUAAUGAAAAUCAAUUGGAUCAAAAUGGAAUUAAAAGAAUUACAAGUGAACCAGGUUGUUAUUUAGAAUGGCAAUUUACAGAUACUAAAAUUGCUCGUAUAAGUGAUGCAAUAUCACUUAUUGUAGAAACUGGAGAAUUUUACUGUGUUGGAUAUCCAACUUUAUUUUCCAAUGAAAAAAUAAUGGAUUUAGUUUAUCAAUUACCUGAUGAUACUCUAAUAGAUGAUGAUUGUUGUUUAUGUCUCCAUCCUUUAAUAGAAAACCGGAUUAAACUUAAAAAAUGCCACCACGUUUACCACAAAGAUUGUUUCUUUGAAAUGGUAAGACAUCUAAAACAAAAAAAUGUCUUGAACUGCCCCUUAUGCAUGUCUAUUCAGGAUUAUGGCAAGGGAGCUUCACCUUAUGGUAGAAUGAGAUAUAUUGUAUACAAAGCUGGAAAUAUAGAAAUUGAAACGUAUCCAAGUACAAAUGUUAUUGAAAUUGAAUAUUUCAUCCCAAGUGGAAUACAAAAUGAACGCCAUCCUAACCCUUCUAAGCCCUUUAGUGGUACGUACAAAAUCGCUUAUCUACCUUAUGAUAAAGAUGGUAUAAUGGUCCUAAAUGGACUAAUCAAAGCAUUUAAAUUAGGGCAUACAUUUAAAGUUAUAUCAAUACCUAAUAUUAGUGAGAAUGUAAACUCAAGACACCAUAAUGAUCAUAUAUGUACUGAAAUAGUACAAUGGAAUUCAAUACCACACAAGAUUUCAACAUGUGGUGGUCCCACAUUACAAGGAUUCCCUGAUCCUUAUUACUUUAACUUAGUUAUUGAAAAACUCGCAAGUGUUGGUAUUGAUUGUAAUGCAGAGAUGUAA